GGUCAGGUCUGCCUUAGCUCCCCGACUCUCCAUCAUCAGUGUGCCAUCCGCCGGACCGGACGCUCCUUUUUCUACUGAUACUCAACGAGCUGACUUCUCUUCUACCGUCUCUCUCUUUCUCUGUGUGUGUGUGUGUGUGUGAUUCUACGGGAUCGGCUUUGUUUUUCGGGAUAUAUAUAUCUAUCGAGAGCCUGUGCCGCGACGAGGGCCAUGUCCCCGGGAUGCUGAGGAGGAGGGAGAUGACCGGCGGCUCGUUGUCCUACCCGGUUCUACUGCCAGAGCUAGCCGGAAGCGUCAUCGAGAUGUCGACGCGUGUACCAGUGUCGCUGAAGAACCACAGGAUUACGUAAUUUUACCGAGAGAGCGAUUGAGUUUUCGUUAUCAACUAGAGAGAGAGAGAGAGAGGGGGGCAGAUAGACAGACAAAGGUGAGGAAAGUGUAAACAAAGUGUCGCAGUCGGGUUUACUUCUCUCGAUCGUUAUAAACGCACUGAAAAAAAAAAAAAAAAAAACAAGAAAGUGCACAUCAACAUCGCGACUUUUGAGAGAACGGAUGGACCAGAUCGCUUAUACAUCGCAGCCCUCUCCCUCGGGCACGCGUACCACCGCCGCCCCUGCAUAGUAGUCGAUCAAUGCACGGACGGGUUUCACUUUCGCGUGUGCAGCGGUGCACUCCCUCCCCCGCUUUUACUCUCACUGUACAGAGCCCCGCUCGCUUGUACCGAUUGGCCUAUAGCUACUGCUGCCACCUCUACUUUCCAUUUUUCCACCCCUUGAUCCGGAUCUCUACGCUCGCGCGGGGAGUGCGAUGAACCCUCGGUGCGCGCGGUGCAGCUUUCGCCAUCAGUUUGGGCGUCCCCUCGACGGCGCCGCGCAAUAUUGUCGUGGGUCAGGAUAAUGUACGCGUGCAUUAAAGAGGAUGUCCGACUUGGUCUGAUUGCAGUGAAACAUGAAGACCGGCGACUGGGACUACACGACGCUGAGGGAGGAGGAGUUCCAGCAGAAGGUCAACUACAUAGCGCCGGAUACGCCGACCGCGCCGAACGAGCCUAACCGAGCGGAGGCCUCGUUACCGAGGAACCUCGUGCUCAAGCCCUCGCUCAACACCGCGUUCGGCGUCUGGAGCACCGACCGCAUACCCAAAGGCACGAGGUUCGGACCUUUCGUCGGGCAGAUCUACACGAAGGACUCGGUGCCGCCCGACACCGACAGGAAGUACUUCUGGAGGGUUUACGGCAAGGACAACGAACUCUUCUACUACAUCGAUGGCUUCGACGUGCAGAAGGCCAACUGGAUGCGCUACGUCAACCCGGCUUACUCCUCCGAGUCGCAGAACCUGAUCGCUUGCCAGUAUGAGAUGAACAUUUAUUUUUACACCGUCAAGGAGAUCGACGCGAAUCAGGAGCUGCUGGUCUGGUACUGCCGGGAGUUCGCCGAGAGGCUAAACCAUCCGGUCACGGGCGAGCAGAUGCUUCAGAAGAUCCGGCAACAGGUGCAGCAGUCGGCACCAGCGCUUCCAGUGGUCGACAUCCCCCCGGCGAUCGAGGUGGUCACGAAGGAGUCUGUGAUAUACGAGAGGCGUUCCCAGCUGACCCCGACCGACGCGUCGGUCAGGUCGGACGAGGGCUACCACUCGAACGGCUACCACGACGAGAUCCUCACCCCUCCGGAGGAGAGCAGCGAGUCCGAUUCCGAGAGCAACUACGUCCUCGACUUCUCCAACAAGAACUCGAAGCUCGGAGCCCAGCUACCGCCCCCCACGCCCGUCCUCAAGCACGAGAGCGCCUUGGCUCGCAACGACUACCGCAAGGUCAAGAUCAAGAUGCUCAGGACGUACAAGACCACGGAGCCGGAGAUCGAGAGUCGGCCCCUCACGCCCGAGCCCCAGAAGACGGUGCUGCUGCUCACCUCCUCGGCAACGACGACGACGACGACGACGACGACGACGCCUACGCCGACGCCGACGCCCGAGGAGAUGCUCGGCCCGGAGAAACCUAGCGCUAAACCUUACUACGAGUCCGAGGCCAAGGCUCUCGGCAGUCACAGUCCCAGGCCCUACGGGGUGGUCAGCAACCCGAGCUCCUCCAUCCUGGAGAACAUCCUGCUGCGCAACACAGACAGCAACAACAACAACAACAACAACAACAACAACAACAACAACAACUCCCAGCAGCAGCAUCCCGUCGCCGACUCGGUGACGCCGUCGCCGUCUAGCCCCACGGAGAUGGCCUACUCGUACAAAAAGUCCCACCGCUACAGCAACAUCCUGCCCUGCAGUCCCGACUCCAGCUCGAAUCUGCCCAUGCAGACGGAACCGGCGAGCAGUAGUACGAGUCUAGACUCGCCGAGCAGCUGUCACGCCACCUCCAGCACACUCCUCCUACCGACGAGCAGCAGUGGCGGUGGUGGCGGUGCAGUUCCUCAGAUGCAGCAGCCGCAACAGGCCUGCAGUCCGGGUCUGCACUCGAGCACCUGCGCCUCGCCCACGAGCAGUACCAACAACAACAACAACAACAACAACAACAACAACAACAGCACCAUCAACGUCAACAAGCGGAAGACCAAGAGCCCGUCGCCCUCGAGGCUACCUUCCAGCUCCAGCGCGGCCCAGCCCACCAGCACGAUCCUCUACUCCGGCAGCAGCGAGUACCUGGGCCAGCAGCAGCAGCAGCUCUCGCCCAUCCACUCGCCCUACCCCUACGCUAACCUCUACAGCCAUCAGCAACCCCAACAGCAGCACAGCGUCGUGUCGCCGUUGUCCAUCAACUGUUCCGGUUACUCGCCGCCGCCACCCGAGGCUAUACUCUACAGCAACCAGGCCGAACGAGGCAGCAGUCGAGUGGAAGCCAGCAGCAGUAACCAGAUGCCCAGCAGCUCGUCGACGCUGCAGCUGGUGGACGGCAAUAGGGAACUGAUCACCGGAACGCACAACCUACACCUGGGCGGUGGUGGACACCCGCAGCAUCGGUACUCGCCGGUCGGCUCCAUGUCGCCCGACGAACACGCCUGCUCGCAAAGCGGAUCCCUCAGCCCCAACUCUCAAGCAAGUUCGAGGGGAUACAGGUCGCUCCCGUACCCGCUGAAGAAGAAGGACGGCAAGAUGCACUACCAGUGCAACGUCUGCUGGAAGACCUUCGGCCAGCUGUCGAACCUCAAGGUCCACCUGAGGACGCACUCGGGCGAGAGGCCCUUCAAGUGCAACGUCUGCACCAAGAGCUUCACCCAGCUGGCUCACCUCCAGAAGCACCACCUCGUUCACACGGGCGAGAAACCUCACCAGUGCGACAUCUGCAAGAAGAGGUUCAGCUCGACCUCAAACCUGAAGACGCACCUGCGGUUACACUCGGGUCAGAAGCCCUACGCCUGCGACCUGUGCACCGCCAAGUUCACUCAGUUCGUGCACCUGAAGCUGCACAAGCGGCUACACACGAACGAGCGACCUUAUACCUGUCAGGUAUGCGACAAGAAGUACAUCAGCGCCUCGGGACUCAGGACGCACUGGAAGACGACCAGCUGUCGACCUAACAACAUCGAGGACGAACUCGCCCUCGCGACGGCCGUUGGAUCGCCAACCUACUACGAGUACGCCCCCGACAUGAAUGUCGGAAACAUGCCAACCUCUCUGCACAACCUCGAGAACUCGGUCGGCAGGCCGAGCGUCAUUGAGACAUCCCAGCCGCACAUAAUCGAGUGUACUUAGGUUGCGCCUCUUGCCGAUCGACCCCUUUAAAAUUAACGCAACUUCUUCCUAUACCUAACGUAACAACACGAUCAACAGCCCAAUCUCAAGUCUGAACUGAAAGAGAACAAAACGAACGAUUUUCAACGCAAACGCAGCGUAACGAUACUAGAGCCACUAUAUACAGCCGCCAACUCGCACAACCGACGACGAGGAGCGACAUCUCCGACGCACACACCAUCGUUUACACACAUGCGAGAACGACCUCGCCUAUUAUAUAUAUAUAUAUCUACUGAUGUAUAUGUAUCAUGCGAAAUUCGCGCGGAAUGUCGCUCCUCCUCAGAAAAGGAGGAGAGAAAUAAAGGAGAAGAGACGCGGAGGAGAACGAGAAGGCGGAUUUGUCGGCGUCCGCCGGGUAUUAUACGAGUAGAGACGAUUGAGCGAUUGUUGUUUUUUUUUUUUUUGCAAAGGAAAAAAACCAGUGACGACACGACUGCAACUAUGCGAGACCUGUACCUGUAAAUACUAACAUUACUAUUAAUUAAUCGAUAAACUCAAGGCAUAACUUAAUAUGCUCUAAUUUAUAAACGAGUGAGAGGAGAUUAUAGAAAAAACGACGAGAAAAUUGACGAAAAAGAAAAAAAUAAAUAAGAGAGAACUGGGUAGGCUGCGUUCGUAUUGUGUAUGUGUGUGUGUGUGUGUAUAUGUGCGGUGAAGCGAACGGUUAGGGUAGUCCUUGCGGCGAAGCUAGUCAAAAGAGCGCAGCUGUAUUUUUUUUUUUUGUUCGUUAUAUUUUUUAUUAAAAAUCUUUUCUUUUUUUUUUUAUCAAAAAACAAUCGGUCGAUUGAUUUUCCUUCGAAUAAUCGAGAUCCUUGGCGUAUCGUAACGUACAUAUACGUGAUCCAACGAUCGAUAACUCAUAUGCAAGGACUACUUUCAACCUGGAUUCGAGUCAAUUAAAAGAAAAAAAAAUCGCUGUAUACGUAUAAUUGAUCGUUUAUAAUUGGCAAACGAGCGUGAAUGGGUUCUUUCUUUUUCAAGAAAAAUAAAAAGGAGACACGAGAGUGCUUCGCACAAAUUCUUAUCGUAUAAGGUUUAUAAAUUAAGUUUCGGCGAUCGAAUUUUCAAUUUUUUUAUUUCGUCACGUUUCGGAGCGAUGUUUCAUCCCCAUCACAAUAACACCCACACAAUCAUAAUCAUCGGCAGCUAAUCAAACGCUUGCGCAUAUUAUUAUGUAUAUCAAUCAAAAAAACAUUAUACGUAUCUCAUCAAACACACACACGCACACACUCAUCGUCGAGGCUUCUACACGCGCACGUAGAGGAAAAAUGGUCGAGCCUUGCUCCGAAACGUCGUUUAAAAAAUAAAAAAUUCGCGUGUGUAAUAUAUAAAUAUGUAUACUUCCAUUAGCGUUAAAAAAAAAAAGAAGUUAAUAAAUAAAUAAAAUAAAACGUGUCAGAGAGACUGCUGCGUAUACCUCGAGAGAGAGAGAGAGAGAGAGAGAGAGAGAGAUGUCGUUUCGAACGUAGCCCACCACCACACACGCGAUUUUAGUGGAAGAGGAUUUUUAAAGGAUAUAUAGGAUACGAUGAGUGCAGCUCGUUACAGUAUACAGGGCGGCUGCGAUUUUGUUUUCGCCGGAACCGGUUGCGUAUAUAUUUUUGUAUAAGAGACACGAUACUCACACACAUACACGCGCGCACGCAUACACACACACACACACACAGAUUGACACUUCGAGAGGAACUUGAUAUUAUACUUUUCCAGUUUGUACGACGAUAUAUUUAUACAUACGAGAGCGAGAGAAAUCUUCUUCUUAUUUUCCUUUCGAUUUACACACAAUUAUAAUACUCAGAGAAUAUAUUCAGUUUUCUUCUGAAGAAACGGUCUGAUGAAACAGAGAGUAACGAGACGCGGCAACGAGACUUUUGUUAUUUCUUUUUUAAGAGAGAGAGAGAGAGAGAGUGAGAGUGAAAGAGAGAGAGAGAGAGAGAGAGAGAAUCUUAUACACUAUAUUGUAUACUCGAACUUCGAUGCAGUAUUUCAAGCUACAUAAGUGCAUAAUAUAAUAUAUAGCAUACAUUAUACACGAGACUUUUGGGGGACGAUUCUAUACAUCGAUUGUAUCGAACACACACACACACACAGACACACGCACACUUUUUAUCUCACGUACAGCUUCUCAUAUAAAUAAUAAGAGACACACACACACACAGAUAAUUAUCGUUUCGGAAAAGAAAGUAUACAUAACGAUAUAUUCUUCGACAGCGACUAUAUCGAGACUUUUUUCAUUUACUCAUGAAUAUAAAGGAGACGUAAACUCUUGUAAACUCUAACGAUAUUCUCAAAGAAUACACACAUACAAACACACACAUCCAGAUAUAAAAGCGGGACAAAAAAGACUAUGCAUAAUUAUAUAUAAUAAUUAAUAAUAAAGUAAGGACGAGAGAAGAUUCUGUAACGACGAGAGUUGCAUUCCAAGCAAUAUAACUAUUUAUAAUACGAUGUAAUAACGCAGUAUAAUAAAAAUAGAGACGACUCUUUCCGUUCUUCUUUUUCGCAUAAAUAGGGAGAGAUUUUACUUAAUUAGCGUGCGCGAGCGAUUAACGAUUCGAUGAGAAAAAAAAAAAUAAUAAUAACGAGUGGAACACGCGAACAAUCAAAAAGACACAGAUAACGGUACUAUAGGUGCUUGUACAUUGUAAUCGGAUUAAUUAUUGUUCGGAGCGUCGCCGAGGGUAUAACAGUUACACAUUCCAUAUACACACACACACACACACACAGGCGAAUUUCAAAGCUGCUCCACACGCCGAGCAAGUACUGAUUUUUGAAAAUCGCCCCGUCCGCCUGCCCUCGAAGCAAAUUAUACUCGGAUAUGAAUAAAGACUGCGCUUCGAGGGUCGAGCGAACGGACGUCUCGUAUCGUUAUACAAAACAUCGGCAAUACAUCACAUACGAUCGAUCAAAAGACUGCUGAACAGUAACAGAAAUAGUAAUCAUCAAAGCCCUCCGCGACACUCCGACGAGCGGUUAUCACUAUGUAUAAAUCCGGCCUUGCCUAUACGCAGAGACGUGUGUCGAGAAAACCAGUGUAAUCGAAAGGGGAUUUUGGAGAUAAUCGAGAGAGAGAGAGAGAGAGAGAGAGAAAAGAGAGAAAAGUUACGCAGUGCACGAAAGAGCGAGACGGGUGAUUUUCAUUGUAAAUAAUAAGAUAUUAUAAUGCGAUAAUAUUAUACUGAAAGUAGUCAUCGAUCGAAAACGAUGAGGGUGAACAUUGAGAUGCGAGGAAGCGAAUUAUUGUACGACUAUUAUUACGUAUAGCAAGCCUCGGCAACGGACAAGCAAUAUUUAGUUUUUAUUGUCUCUCGAGUCGAUGAUGAAAACAAUAAGAGCUAAUUGAGAAAAUGAACAACCACACAACAACAACAUUCAUAAAAAAACAAACAAACAAACUACCGCUGUACCGUACAUCGCGUGCACGCGCACGUUUCGUAUUUAAACGACUAUAAAUUAAAUGUUAAUUAUCCUUAUACUUCGUAAAUAAUAAAUUGUUACGCAUUUAUUAUCAUUAUAAUUAUGAAAUAGGUAAUGCUCAAUUUAGCAUUUGUUUCUUAAAAAUACAGAAUAAAUAUAUGGCUGUUGGAUAUUUA